GAAGAGGAGAAAACACUUGAGGAGUGCUGUGUGCAGCCAAUCGUCAGUACAACCCCGCAAGACUACAUCAAGGCUGGGAGUGGGAGGGAGGACUUGGGAAGCAAAACAUGGCGAAAUAACAAGUUUGGCUGUUAUCCGCAGUUACUAACUGCACCGCAUCUCGCAGUGUUGGACUACAACUACAAGUUGAUAAAAACCGGACGCCGAAGAACGACAGCGACGCUUAACUUUAAAGAGUAGAGUGCUCCAGCUUAACAAGUAUUACGGUGGCUGGCGAGAACAUAGUGCCUGCCUGUCUGCCUGACUGUGUUUUCCCCGGAAGGUUGGCAGUGCUAGGCGCGACUGUCAACACAGAAAAUGGAUGAAGAAGGAAAGUUUAACCUGGAAAAGACAAUUUAGCCUGCUAGCUUAGCCACGUUAGCUAGCCAGUUAAUGUCAGCUUGAUCGCGCGCACCUGACUCGGUGUUCGGAUUACUGAGCGCUUUCAGGAAUAUUUAAGUCGUGUUAACAAGUUUGACAACUGCAGCCGCAGGGAUUCGCAUUUCAAACGAGGCCUUUAUUUCCAUUUUCUGCUCUUAUUUCUUAGUAAUAUUCCGGGAGGACAGCUAUUUAGGGCUAAUAAUGAGAGCCUAACAGUCGGUUCUGGUGCGGUGCGGACGGACCCGGACGCCAUCACAUCAGACGUUGCGUUCUCCUUAAAAACAACCGUUGCGCUGCUCAGCACUAAAUGUUAUUUUAUACUUCAUCACCGGAACCAGGAGUGUCUCACCGACACAUCACACCUAAAUGGUAGUUUUUUUUUCUCCGUGAGACGAAUUUUUAAAUCAUAUUUAACAGUAGCUGAAAUGUUGUACAGCAGCAAAGACGAAACGUCUUGUCAAAAUGAACGCAGCAAGGUGUUCAACAACAGUGGAGGUGCACUGCAUUUAAAACCUGCCAAUUGUUAGAUCGGCUCUAAUGGCCUUUUAACAGCGACGUUACCUGUUUGUUGAAAUAUCUUAUUUUAAGUUGAAUGUGUUUUGAUUAGCUAUUGCAGCUGGCAUUUGUGUAGAACAACUGCGGAUAACAGUGUAGCUCUCGGCCAGAGUUGACGUGAGCUAGCCAGCUGGGUGCGUCUGUGGCACCUCUAUCUGCGAUGUAUUUGCUAAUGUAAGUGCUGCCGUGUUGUUCCGCAACAGCUUCAGGAUACUGGACCUUUACUGGACAUUUUCUGUACAUAGCAGGCCCUGAUAAGCUCUUUUAGGCAGCCACUUAAAUAUCACCUUGUACUUCUUGUGAAAUCACUGGCUAACUUGUUAGCUAACGUUAUAAGUUUCUGCAGCUAUGUCUGAAAACGCCCCCACACGAAGCCUGGAUGACAUAGACCUCGCAGCUCUAAGGGAUCCAGCAGGAAUCUUUGAGCUGGUCGAGGUUGUCGGCAAUGGGACAUAUGGACAGGUGUACAAGGGCCGUCACGUGAAGACUGGCCAGCUGGCUGCUAUCAAGGUGAUGGAUGUCACAGAGGAGGAAGAAGAGGAGAUCAAAGCAGAAAUCAACAUGCUGAAAAAAUACAGCCACCACCGCAACAUAGCCACGUACUACGGUGCCUUUGUAAAGAAGAGUCCACCAGGACACGAUGACCAACUCUGGCUGGUGAUGGAGUUUUGUGGGGCAGGAUCAGUGACUGACCUGGUCAAAAACACUAAGGGCAGCUCUCUAAAGGAGGACUGGAUUGCAUACAUCUGCAGAGAGAUCCUAAGGGGCCUUUCUCACCUCCACGCCCAUAAAGUUAUCCACAGAGACAUCAAAGGCCAAAAUGUGCUGCUAACAGAGAAUGCAGAGGUCAAACUCGUUGAUUUUGGGGUAAGUGCUCAGUUGGACAGGACAGUUGGACGUCGAAACACCUUCAUUGGGACACCAUACUGGAUGGCACCUGAAGUUAUUGCCUGUGAUGAGAACCCCGACUCCACCUAUGACUACAGGAGUGACAUUUGGUCCUUGGGGAUCACAGCUAUCGAGAUGGCGGAGGGAGCACCUCCCUUGUGUGACAUGCACCCGAUGAGGGCCCUCUUUCUCAUUCCCAGGAAUCCCCCUCCAAAACUUAAGUCCAAGAAAUGGUCCAAGAAAUUUAUUGACUUUAUAGAGGGUUGUCUUGUGAAGACAUAUCCUAGCCGGCCAUCCACAGAGCAGCUGCUCAAGCAUUCCUUCAUCAGGGACCAGCCCACUGAGCGGCAAGUCCGAAUUCAGCUCAAAGACCACAUUGACCGUACUCGCAAGAAACGGGGAGAAAAAGAAGAGACAGAAUAUGAGUACAGUGGUAGUGAUGAAGAGGAUGAAAAUCGUGGAGAUGAUCGCGAGUCAAGUUCAAUCCUUAAUGUGCCUGGUGAGUCCACCCUGAGGCGGGACUUCCAGCGUCUGCAGCAGGAGAACAAAGAGCGCUCGGAGGCUCACAAGCGGCAGCAGGCCCAACUGGCAGCUCAGCGCCGGGAUCCUGAGGAGCACAAGAGGCAACUGUUGCAUGACCGGCAGAAACGCAUUGAAGAGCAGAAGGAACAGCGUCGCCGUCUUGAAGAGCAACAGAGGAAAGAGCGAGAGAUGGUGAGGCAGCAAGAAAAGGGUCCCCAUCGGAGACUUGACGAUAUGAGACGGGAGGAAGAUAGAAGGCUGGCAGAGAGAGAGCAGGAGUUUAUCAGACAUAAGUUAGAAGAGGAGCAGCGGCAGUUAGAAAUCCUCCAGCAGCAGUUGCUUCAGGAGCAGGCACUGCUAAUGGAAUACAAGCGCAAGCAGCUUGAGGAACAGCGUCAGUCAGAGCGGCUGCAGAGACAGCUGCAGCAGGAGCAUGCCUAUUUGGUGUCUCUGCAACAACAGCAGCAAGAAAAGAAGCCCCAGCUUUAUCACUACAACAAAAACCUGGAGCCCAACAAUAAACCUACCUGGGCCCGUGAGGUGGAGGAACGAAGUAAGCUUAACAGACAAGGCUCACCUAAAAUCUGCACCACUGUCUCUGACACUGCCAUCCAGUCACGCUCUGACUCAAUCAGUCAGUCAGGAGGGGUCCAGUCUGUGCAGACCCCACCAAUGCAGAGGCCAGUUGAACCCCAAGGGGGGCAGGGCAAGUUCCAGAUGGCUCACCUGGUUCCAUUAAAGCCUUAUGCUGCCCCUGUCCCUCGCUCCCAGUCCCUCUGUGACCAGCCCACUAAGACUAUGUCCGCCUUCCCCACCCAGGACCCCUCCCUCACCCCCACACCCCGCCCCAUCCACUCUAGAGAGCUGGUGCGUCAGAACUCGGACCCCACUUCUGAAACCCCAGCACCACAGGCACAUCAAAUCAGAGAGGAUCGUGGGCCCUGGAUCCGCCUGCCAGAUGUAGAGCUCCCACCCAAGAUUCCCCAGAGGACAGCUUCUAUUGCCACAGCUCUCAACACCAACCUAACAUCUGGCAUACGGCAUCCAGUAAGAGCCAGCAAUCCAGAUCUCAGCCGCAACGAUCGCUGGGAGAGAGGAGACAGUAUGAACAUCAUUUCCAAUCUGCCUCAGACUGGCUCCCUGGAGAGGCAUCGCAUCCUCAGUUCCUCCAAAAUGGAUUCACCCAUUCUCUCCCAUGAUAGUCGUCAUAAGCCAGGGGAGUCACGAACCUCCUCCCGUCCUGGGCGCCCCGCUAGUUACAAGAGAGCUAUAGGGGAGGACCAUGGCCUCUUUGCCAAGGAGCGUGCUGAGGAGCCACCAAGGCCCCCAGUCAAGGCCAAUGAUUACUCCUCCUCUUCAGAGAGCAGCGAGAGUAGUGAAGAAAGCGAGAGUGGCGAGGGAGCAGAAGAGGAAGAAAGCCCCACAGAUCGUCACAGGGACGCAGACACUGAUUCAGUCAACACCAUGGUGGUUCAUGAAGACGAGGGUGAGGGGGGAGAAGGAGAGCAAGCUGGAGGCUAUGGGGAUCAGACCAUGCUGGUGCAGAGAACCCCAGAGAAGCGGAGCCAUAAUGGAUACACUAACUUGCCAGAUGUGGUGCAGCCCUCCCACUCCCCCACUGAUUCAGCCACUCACUCCUCUCCAGGGAAGGAUUCUGUUUAUGAUUAUCAGUCCAGAGGUUUGGUUAAGGCAUCUGGGAAGUCCUCCUUUACCACCUUUGUGGAUCUGGGCAUGUACCAGUCACCAGGUACAGGGGAUAACAUGUCUAUCACUGGCUCCAGAUUUGAGCAGCUGAAGAUGGAGGUAAGAAAAGGAUCCAUGGUGAAUGUCAACCCGACCAACACACGCCCUCCUAACGACACACCGGAGAUCCGCAAAUACAAGAAGAGGUUCAACUCUGAGAUCCUGUGUGCUGCACUUUGGGGUGUGAACCUGUUGGUGGGAACAGAGAACGGUUUGAAGCUGCUGGACCGUAGUGGUCAGGGCAAGGUUUACCCCCUCAUCAACUCCCGCAGGUUCCAACAGAUGGAUGUCCUAGAGGGCCUCAACCUGCUCAUCACCAUAUCAGGCAAGAAAAACAAGGUGCGUGUCUACUACCUGGCGUGGCUGAGGAAUAAGAUCCUCCACAAUGACCCUGAGGUGGAAAAGAAGCAAGGUUGGACCACAGUGGGGGAGAUGGAGGGCUGCGUACACUACAAAGUGGUGAAAUAUGAGAGGAUAAAGUUCCUGGUGAUUGCUUUGAAGAACGCGGUGGAAGUGUAUGCUUGGGCGCCCAAACCUUAUCACAAAUUCAUGGCCUUCAAGUCUUUUGCAGACUUGCCACAUAGGCCUGUCCUGGUUGACCUGACAGUGGAGGAAGGUCAGAGGUUGAAGGUCAUCUAUGGUUCUUGCGCUGGCUUCCAUGCUAUCGAUGUGGACUCUGGAAACAACUAUGACAUUUAUAUCCCUGUUCAUAUCCAGAGUCAUGUGACUCCACACGCGAUCGUGUUCCUGCCCAGCUCAGAUGGAAUGGAGAUGCUGCUGUGCUACGAGGACGAGGGCGUCUACGUCAACACCUAUGGACGCAUCAUCAAGGACGUUGUCCUGCAGUGGGGCGAGAUGCCCACUUCAGUUGCUCACAUCUGCUCAAACCAGAUCAUGGGUUGGGGAGAAAAGGCCAUUGAGAUCCGCUCUGUGGAGACCGGUCACUUGGACGGUGUUUUCAUGCACAAAAGAGCUCAGAGGCUGAAGUUCCUUUGUGAGCGAAAUGACAAGGUGUUUUUCGCCUCAGUGCGGUCAGGAGGCAGCAGCCAGGUGUACUUCAUGACCUUGAACAGAAACUGCAUCAUGAACUGGUGAAGGAACAGCUGCUCUGGUCAGUGUGUGGAACCCAGCAGGGGUUUAGAGAAGGAAGUGCAUCCGAAAUUCUCGCUAAAGCAUGCACACAAAUGUGAACAUCGCUCUCUCUUUCUCUCCAGCUCACUCACACUCAAGCACUCAAGCUCCAAAGACAAACACACAUACACUCUCUUGGACAAACACACACACACGCAAACAAUCUCUAAAUCCAUUCCAGCCUACACUCCUUAAGAUGCGGUUUUGACCGAGGCCCCCCAAUUAAAAUUCUCCCUGGAAACAUCAUGAAAAAUUGCUGAUGAGCUUCAAAUGUUAAAUACCAUCUAUUAAUUUGUACUGUAUAUAUUCUUGUCUUGAUUUACUUUACUUGGUGGACCUGUGUUCAGUCGUAACUAUUUAGUUCCUAAUUGUGAAGUAUGUUAACAUUCCUUGAUGGUUCUACAGUACAUUUUGAGGAAGGCAUUAUUUACCAAUACUGUAUGUCAAAAUGAAGCUGUAAAUAGAUAGCAUCUGACACUUCGAUCCGAAUCAUUUGCUGGCCUCAUAAAGCCAUCGUUCACAGGGACAUCUGAUAAUACAAUGCUGGAACGCCCAUCCACAGUGGCUCGUGGACCCCAAUUGUAUUGGGGCUCUCACGGUUUCAGGGAGGCUUAAAGGAAAGAUUUAGUACAAAGGGACAAUAAAGUCAGGGCAAAGUAGCUUGUUUAAAUAUUUUUAGUUACCUACAGUAGACAGUAACCAGAAGCCCUGCUUUUACUGUUUUUCUGACCUAAAUGGGCAACAGUGUUGUAACUCUUAACCAUGACAGCUAAGCCUUGAAUGCUUCAAAAGCAAAAAAGAAAUUCAAUUUAAAACGGAAUAAACACUAAAAUCAAUCAGAAGUCUCAUACAUGUGCCGAAUCAGCACAGUGAAAUCUCCUGCUUUGCCUUUUUUAUGGUUUAGGUGAAACCAUUAAUUAUUUGUCUCAUCAGGCUUGUAUCUAAACUUUUUGUUUUCAUAGAUUUACAAAAUACACAAAUUUGAUAUUUAUAUGUAGUGAUUCUGUAUUGAUAUUAGCCUACUGGUAUUCUUAAUUUUACUGUAAUUAUAUUGCCAUUAUAUUGCAAUAUAUAUUAUUCUUGUGGAGUCUUUGAAGAGGGGAAUUAAUGUAUUUGGCUGUUAGUGUUGGUGACAGCUUUGGAGGAGAGAGAGGGGAUGGGGAUGUCGGUAAAGGAGGAUGUUGGAGAAACGUGGAAGGAGGCGCGUUACCCUCUGACCACAGCGAUCUACUCUACUGUAUUAUAUUUUAGUUCUUAGGCUAUUUCGUUAGCGUGGAUCUUUUUGUGAGACGUGUUUGUCCAGGGAAUUGCAGUAGAACAGCUCUCUGUGUGGUAUAGUUCACAUUUGUCUUGGGCCAGUAGAAAGAUCUAACGUUUGGGGACCCACAGAGGACUCCAUCUCAUCAGGCACUUUGGAGAACGUGGCUGGAACUCACGAGACUUAAUAUAUUUUAUAUCUAUACAUUCUGCCAAAGUUCACAGUGUAUGUUGCAACAGGGGAACGGAUUAAGGCCAAAGGAAGUACAGUUUAAAUGACAACUUUAGAACUAAAGUAGAAACUAUUCUCACUGAUUACUAACCAGCGUUUUCCCUCUAUAUAUAAAUCCAAAAUGUCAGCAGAUUUUUUAACUAAUAUGAUAUCAUGCUGUGUUAGCUCUUUGAGAUGUUCUCUAGAUCUAGACUUUUUCUUAGCAGUGAACAGACAUUUCCCCUUCUCUCAGGGGAAUUAAGUGUCUGCUUUGUUUCAGCAGCUGCACAAGAGAGAUACUGUGUGCUCUCAUACACCAGACAGUACGGUAGAAGUAUGAGGCAGCUUAAUCAGGAAGACGCUUGAUGAAUCAAGCUUUUUGUUCAGUGACUCACUCGGUUCACUGUGCUGCUGCAGCACUUUGGUACAAACAGGUGGACAUUUUAAAGCCAAGAUGGUUGUACUAACUCGUCUCUCAGCAUGGAGAAAUGUCUUAUUUUUUCAAACAGAACAAAAUGCAUCUAAUUUUUUGUUUGUGCAUCUGCCAGUGUGAAAGGAAAUUCUGAAGGGAAAGUUGGCUAGUGAUCAGUGGGAUGGUCUGCUGAAGCUUGCCCUUUAAGCUGAGGAGAUAUAUUUUAUACAGGCAAACGGAGAGCUAUUAAGACUGCAGUAUAUGUUCAGGGCAGAGAGUAAUUAAUCAAAUAUAUAUGGAGAUAGAUGGAUAGAUGGUUAAUUUUAUGGUGAGAUUAUAAAACAAACUGUAAAUGGGCAUGGAAAGCACUUUCACUUCAGUAAACAUACAUUUACAAAUAUAUCUCAAGCAGAUACUUUGGUGUGCAUGUAAGCCAUUGAAAUAGACUAUAUAGCACUGUAUCAAAGUUGUUUUCCCCUUCAGAGAAUGUGUUUUUAUUCUUAAAUAUCUUUUAUGUGCCAUGACCUACAUUUCAGAUUCCUCAAUUACAAUCCACCAGGAGCUCUGGCACUCUUGCUUUUUAUGGUCAAAUCAUAAUUUUUUAUCAAUCUGCCAUGUUUACAGUUUAAGCAGUGCCUUGGAGUUGGGAAGACGAGAGGUUUUUAGGAAGGGUUGUGAGCCCCCAUGCCCCACCCCACCCCCCACCUCUAUGUGUCUCUGUACUUGAAAUCAAACGAAGAAGAGGCACUACUAUAUCUGCUCCCUCGUUCCAAUUAACGUCUUGUGCCAGUUAAGUGCACUUAAGUCAAAUCCAGAAUAUCCCUUAGAUGGACUUGAAAUGCUUUUUUGGCACCGAGUGUAACAGCCUAAAGUAAUCAACAGGCGAUAAUCCGUGAAGAAAAUUGCAAUAACGAGUACAUUGUCAAUUAAUCCAGUGUAACGUGUAAAAGAUCUACUCACGGUGGGAGCCAGCAUAGAGAAAAGCCAUGUGUAUGAAACAUAUUUGUAGAGAAAACAUAGUUAUUGUGCACAACGCGUCAAAUUAAACUGUGUGUGACGUCUGCUCAGAUAAUGUAGGUUCAUGCUGCAAAGAUGAGGUAAGCGCUUAUUCUUUAAUGAUUGUGUAAUCUUGUAGUGAGGAGAGUAGCUUGAUAUAUUCUGAGAAGCCUGUUUUAUAAAAUAUGUAAAUUAGUCUAUAUUGAGAAAUAAAAGUGAAUGUACAUCUAUGAGACAGAUUUGUAUUUAUAUAAAAUGUGUACCACUCUAUUAAUCUAAGCACAACGUAUUUUAAGGCGGAGAGAUCAAAGCUAUAAUCGAGUGCAACGGGGAGAUGGAAACUUUUUUUUUUUCCCCUCAUUCUAUCAGUUGUCGAACUUGUGGUUAUGCAGGCAGUCAGCUGAGACAUCUGUGUGUACGUGGACGGCGUCAAAUGCUGCGGCGUUUCUGUGUCGUCGUGAAGAACGCAUAAGUCUGUCUCAUUACCACAAGAGUCAACUGUGGCUGUGGUUCAGACCCUUGUGGUAUCUCACAGGUUGUGUUGGAUCUGGCCUCUGGUGUAAAUUGCCAACUCGGGGGUUGGCAGGCUGUUAAUAUUCUCAGGUGAUGACAGGGAUCAUCAUAAAGGCAGUGCGGCGGUGAUAUUACCUGAUGGUCCUUGUAAGGUUAUAGGCCCUUGGCUUUUGAAGUGUAUUUAAAAAGGCAUCCGUUAGCAAGUGAAAAGAGCAUUGAUCAGGUAUGAGGAGAAUAUAGACAAGAUAGACGAGCCAGAAAUCAUUUGGUGACAACUUAAACUUUAUGUGGAUAAUGUAUAAAGGUAAUCCCACAGAUUUUACACAUCAAAGCGGAUUUACAGGUGUUAAGCAGUAGUCACUUGAGUCUUGAGCUUUGGUUGUGGCUAGAGAAACAGGACAAAAUCUAGCAAAAGGUUAGCAGCUACUAACAUAACACACCUGAAUCCUUCACCAAACUUGCAUUGUAGGUGUAAUUUUAGGUCUACAAUAAGGCCAAAGAAUCUAUGGCUUAACAAAAGCAUUCAUUUUGAAACACAUGUUGUGAGUUGAAAGCAUAGCACUCUGAAUAGCCUUAAAGAUAUACACCAAAUUACUAGCAGAAGCCCACAUAUGUAUUCUACAUAACACUUUGAUGUGUAAAGUCACAAAUUUCAGAAAAGAAGUUGCAAAAUGUUAUGUAAGAAUUGGCUGCGGUGCACAAGUUUCGUUGAACUACUUUGUUUAGAGGUGAAUAAAAUAAAACGUAGAACUGAAGUAAACAGGAAGGUGACAAAUUAAAGGAAAAAACAUCAUAAAGUAUCUUAGUAAGGUGUCGUGCCUCCAGAACAGCUUGAAUGUGUGUCGACAGUGUUGAUGAUGGCAGUCUCGAGUGCUGUCUAAUAAUUCAGUGAGCCCUCAUGCUCUAUGGAUGGGGACACGGUCAUCACGGCAGUAAACGCUCCGAUCACGAUAGAAAUGUUUCAUCACAGGUGAUCAGUCUCUGUAAGGAUCAAGGGUUCAGGCUUUUCCUUUAAUUUGUCAUCUAUCUGUACAUAAUUUUAAACCUCGUAAACAUCAAGUCUUUUUGCAAAAACAUCAAGCAUCAGCUUUAUUUAAUCAUACUGACUGCAUGACUUGUGUUGACAGAUGUUUUGGUGGUUUUUAUGGGCAGAUAAACUAUUUGACUAUUUACUAAAAACAACAAUUUUAAUUCUUGAGGCUCAACAUCCUAGCUAACUAUACUAUGUCCAAUAUCUACAUCUAACUGUUGGGUGCAGUAAUAUUGUAUGUUAUCAAACUGACAUAUCAAGCCAAUCUAAUUGAAUAUCAGGAGAAGAGUAGCAGUGGUUUCUGAUUUCAAAAGCACCUUAAGAUGUGAAAGUGGUAUUUCAUUUUAAAGACCUGAGCCUCACAACUCAUUAGUUUUAGGGAAGACUUCUGGCUGUAAGGUCGAACAGAUUUGAUUUGAUUCAUCAGAAAGAGGCAACACUAAGUCGUGAGAGAUGCUGACAUUUCUUUUUUCUAAGCAAUAUAAGCAUUUGAACAAAUCCAAACCCUGAUUGUCCGUCUCAGAGUGACUUGCAGGUAGUGAUGCUUCAGUGGCCUUUGGCAGAUUAAAUGUCAGCUGGUUUGUGUGUCACAGAAAUCAUUCUCUGCUUUUCCUUUUUGUUUGUAAUCACAAAAAAAUAACCGCUUCUCUCUUGUCAGUUUAACACAAUCACCGGUUGGGAUGCUUGUUAUAAUAAUUUGAUCCCAGAAACUGCCUUUCUGAACUCCUAAGUAUCGAUAAAUGAAUGAUAGAUAGUAUUGUCACGAGGCGGUCUUCUCAUAGGUUGUAUCUCUAAUCAAUAGCGUGCGAAUGGAUUAGCAGCUGUAGCUGGGAGCGAGGCAGAUCAAACUUGGGGAGCUUGAAGACGACGUGGAUCUUUGGACAGACCUACAAUAUCUAUUAUUCUUUUUCAAUAAUGUUUUAUUUUUAAAGACAGUUAACAUCUUUGCAAUGUUUUAGUGUGCGCGCGCGUCUGUGUUACUUGUGAGAGGUUAACUCCAGAUUGUAUUUCAUAGACUGAUAAACUUUAAACUUUCAAAAGAUUGUGUUGAAUGAAUUCAUGUCUUAAUACAGAUUGUUUGAAAAAUAAAAUACCUUGAUCUCA